CGCGACAACUAGGGGGACUCAUCUUCAACAGUGUGUUUAGUGUGUAAAGACGUGUGCCGCCUCAGAGCCGGAACGGGUUUUAUGUGGUUUUCUGUUGCGCGGGUAUUAUGAAUUUGGGAUUUUUGGUGUGAAUUAUUUAUUUUUUUUUUUUUUAUACGUCACAAUUUGUGGGUGUAUUUUGAGUUUUGUGGGUUGUGAGCUGAUUGUGGCAUUGGACGUUUGACAGCUGACGUUUAGCAGGGUGACUAUUUGGUUUUAAUUUGGGUGGUUUUUGUGAUUUGUCGAGCGUAUCAAGUGAAGUUGGGGUCAGGUGGCGAUUUUGGGAGGUUUGAGGGGUUUGUGAUCAGGGAUUAGGGUGCACCGUGGAUAAGAGGCACUGGAAGCUGCAGCAGGAGCGGUGACAAGAACUGAUUGGCAUCGAUGCUCUAGUAAAAGCUCCCCCCGUGGUUAGGUAACAACCAGCAAAAUGUGGCGGACAAUGAUGGGAGUGAUUGUUCUGGUGGUGCUAGUGGUAUCACCAUCAGAUGCCAAAGUAUCAGUUGUACCCCACGACGUAUACCCCGGUUUCGAGGUGAUGCAAUUGAAACACGACAAGAAACACGCCUCGAAUUAUCACUUACUCGAGACGGGUUUCUCCAAGUACUUCACAGUACUUGAUAACGGAAUGGUGAUGACAACGUCUGAUCUAACGCCACUAGUCAACAAACCAGUGAAUCUGCUUGUUCUCGAGGAGUUGUUCAACAGAACCGAAAUCCACGAUGUACAUUUGUUCGUUAUAAAUCGUGGCAACAUGCUGACAUUCUCCUACGAGGAGUUGGGUACGGGUGAGGUAAUGGAGAAUGCACCAGCAGGUACAAUUGUUGAUGAAUUUCCAGUAUUACACGCAUAUGGGAGCUUUCCCGUGCAUUAUACGAUAUUGCCGGAUGAUUCUGGUGAACGUGCAUUCGCACUCACGGAGGAGACCUCCACUGAGACUGGCUUUAAUCUAACCCUGAAGAGACCGAAUCAAGGAGUUCGAGUGGUUACCACUAAACCCCUGGACCGAGAAGUCAAGAAAUUGUAUGCUGUUGUUAUUCAUGCAUCCGAUGCCAAUUAUAUCAGCACUUCUAAGAUCAGUGGUGUGGUUAAUGUUCUGGAUGAUAAUGAUAACAGUCCGGAGUUUGAUCAUGAGGAGUACAGCUUCGAGCUGCGCCCGUUGAACAUGGAAACACUUGAGAAAGAUGGGGCACCCAAGUGGAAGAGAUUUGCUACGAUUGGCAGGGUGUCUGCUAAGGAUGCCGAUGGGGAUAAGGUUGCGUACCAGUUGAUUACACCCACCAAUUUACUAAUCAUUGUGCCCCAAACUGGUGAGAUGCUACUUGCUGGAGAACCUGAUGCUACUGUUGACGAGGACAGCGAGGUCGAGGUGAUGAUUGAUGCUCAUGAUCUCAGGACACCCAGUAGGAGUACUCUAAGACCUGCUAGGGCUGUUGUCAAAUUUUUGACCACUGAGCCUAUCGUGAAACCUGAGGUUCACCGAAUUCAGAAGAGACGCGUCACCAGGGCUGUCAGGCCCACCAAGAAGGUCGAGUUCCUCGAGUCUGAGGGCGAUAUCGAGGGAAAGAUCGUUUUCUCUUUGGAGAAGGAGACUGAGAAGGAGGCUUACAAGAUCAGGGAUGAAAACCCAUGGGUCACUGUCAUGACCAAUGGAUCUGUCAGGGUUAAGCAGAAGUGGGACUAUGAGGAACUCGGACCUGAAAAAACUAUUGAUUUUUGGGUUACGAUUACUAAUCAGAAGCUUCAAUACACCGACAAUCAACGUGUGAUUAUCAACAUCAAGGAUGUCAACGAUGAGGCACCCUACUUCAUAAACAAACCCCUGCCAAUGCAGGCAGUAGUUCAGUUGAAUGCACCACCAAACACCCACGUGUUCACUCUGCAGGCACGAGAUCCAGAUACUGAUCACAAUAUCCACUAUUUCAUCGUUCGUGAUCGAACUGGUGGACGAUUUGAGGUCGAUGAACGUUCGGGUGUGGUACGCACUCGGGGCACUGAUGUCUUUCAAUUGGACAUGGAGUAUGUGCUCUACGUCAAAGCGGAGGAUCAGAAUGGCAGGAUCGGUGAGAAACACUUUCAGUCAACUCAGGAGGAGAGAUUAUCCAUUGUCGGUGGUAAACGGGCACCGCAAUUCUACCUCUCCACGUAUGAGACUGAGAUACCGGAGAAUCAGAAGAAAGACACUGAUAUCAUAUCCGUCAAAGCCAAGUCUUUUGCCGAUCGUGAAAUUCGUUACACUCUGAAAGCACAGAGUCAGGGAGCGGCUGGAACUUUCAAUAUUGGACCAACUUCUGGCAUCGUGAAACUUGCCAAGGAAUUGGACUUUGAGGAUGUACGACAGCCCCACGUUUAUACCCUCGUUGUAACUGCCACUGAAGAUUCCGGUGGAUUUUCAACGUCAGUCGAGUUGACCAUAAGAGUGACGGAUGUUAACGACAAUGCACCGAAAUUUGAGCUACCUGACUAUCAGGCUCACAAUGUGGAUGAGGAUAUAGCACUGGGAACUAGUAUCCUCAAAGUCAAAGCCACUGAUGCGGAUUCGGGAGCCAAUGCUGAUAUCGAGUAUCUUGUAUCAGACGAUCACUUCAGUGUGGAUUCCAGUGGACUCAUUGUCAAUAACAAACAAUUGGAUGCCGAUAAUAACAAUGCUUACUACGAAUUUGUAGUUACGGCGAAGGACAAAGGUGCUCCGGCAAAGACUGGACAAGCAACAGUGCGAAUAUACACGAAAAAUAAGAACGACGAGGAGCCAAAAUUUUCGCAACAGGUGUACACGCCAAACGUGGACGAGAACGCCGGGGCUAACACCUUGGUGACGACCGUUGUUGCCUCAGACAAGGACGGUGACAACGUACGCUUUGGGUUUGUCGGGACAGCGACUGAAUCCGGGCAGUUCGUCAUCGAGGAGAUAACCGGCGUUAUUCGUCUGCGUGGCUCAGACAUAUCAUUAGAACGUGAUAAAUAUGAGUUGAACGUAACGGCAAUGGACGAUGGUGCAUGCUGUCCUGAUGGGAAGAAGAAUAUUCAUACAAGUACAGCUGUGGUAGUUGUCUUUAUCACGGAUGUUAAUGAUAAUAAGCCGGUGUUCAAGGAGUGCGGUAGCUAUUCACCACAAGUUGAGGAGGGGGCACCAAAUGGCAGUCCUGUCAUUAAAGUACAAGCUACUGAUGAGGAUAAAGGAGUUAAUGGACAAGUCAAAUAUUCCAUUGUACAGCAGCCCAAUCAAAAGGGAACGAAAUUCACUGUCGAUGAAGAAACGGGACAGGUCUCGACAAAUAAGGUAUUUGAUCGAGAAGGAGACGAUGGGAAAUUCGUAUCAGUGACAGUGAAAGCAACCGAUCAGGGUGAACCAUCGCUGGAGGGCGUAUGUUCAUUCACGGUUGAAAUUACAGAUGUCAACGACAAUCCACCUCUCUUUGAUCGUCAAAAAUACGUGGAGAAUGUAAAACAAGACGCAAGCAUUGGCACUAAUAUACUCAGGGUAUCGGCAUCCGAUGAGGAUGCUGACAAUAAUGGUGCGAUAAUAUAUUCUCUGAGUUCACCGAGCAAUCGACAAGAUCUGGAAUACUUUGAAAUACAACCGGAAUCCGGUUGGAUAAUAUUGAAGAAGCCAUUAGACCGCGAGACAUACAAGCUGGAGGCGAUGGCACAAGACAAGGGCUAUCCGCCCUUGUCGCGAACCGUGGAGGUUCAGAUUGACGUUGUGGACCGUGCUAAUAAUCCGCCCGUAUGGGACCACGUAGUGUAUGGCCCGAUCUACUGUAAAGAGAACAUGGCCGUUGGGGCUAAAGUUGUGUCUGUUAAAGCCAGGUCUGUCACACUGUUAAUGCUCCGUGCGGCUGCACGAACCCGCCCUGCACGCAAAAUCUCGUGGCAGUAUUGUUCUUGUGCACGUUAA